UACAUGCAGUAGCCGCGGAGGGACGAAGGCCAUAUAGUGGGAGGUGGCAGGUGAUGGCUUUUGGCCGGCUGCUCGACGUCCGAGCGACUCACUCACUUCAUCUCCGAGCGCCGGCAAUCGCGGGUCAAGCUUUACGCACUGAUCUCUUGGCUUAAACGCAUAUUGCAAUCCCUUAUAUGUCAUCGUAGUCGUAGCCGGAAAUCGCGGGCGACUCGUCGGAAGUGAAGUGUGCGCGAAAGUCGAGCUUUUUCUUGUAGCGAUUUUCCGUUUUCGGGAAUCGAUCGAUCGCUCUUGUGGUGCGGCGAGGGUCACGAUCGAAGUGAAGUGUGUACAGCUGUUUGACCAAAGUCGCUAGAUCGAGAGAUAAAUCGAUAAGCUCUGCUGUAAAAGCAAUCGGUCUUAAGAUCGGCGUGAAAGUAGUAGUAUUCUGCAUGAAUUUGAAAAUUGCUCGUCGCUUACGGACUACAAGCCAAAAAACGAAGAUCAAAACGAUAAAUCGUUGAUCGAGUGCGAGUCCGAUGCCGUUCAAGUUCAGUUUCGCCGAAAAUUUGCGAGCUCGCUUCCUCCUGUGAUUAGCGCACUUCCGCCUUCUGGACUUGGAGGUCGCCUUUUGGUCGACCUUUCGAGUGAGCGCAAAACCUAGCCCCGCCGUCGAGCAGCAGCAGCAGCAGCAGCAGCAGGAGGAGAGCAGCGCAGAAUCAGCAGGAAGCCAGAGCAGCUCUUUCAACGACAAAGUCAGCGCCAGCCAGCCCGAAGCUCUCGUCGCGCAAGACAGCCGAUCGAGACCAGCCGAAAGCCUCUAGAUCUCGAGUUUUACCAAGCCAGAUUCACUCCACCGCGCCGACAUCGUAGGAUGGUAGAAGGUGAACCCGACUCAAAGCAAAAUCAUAAGGGUGAUGUAAAAGACGAUCGCCUAAACGGCUGCGGUUCAAAGGACCUAGAGCUCGCACGCAUUGGGUCAAAGGGCAAAACCCUAGACCCCGAGAAAUCACCGGACACAAAAGCACACAUCAAAGCUGACUUCGAGCAGGCAAUCGAACUAACCGACUAUGGCAAGUUCCACUACUUCCUGCUGGCGGUCUGCGGGUUCGUCAGCACGAGCGAGGAGAUGGACGUGAUUUCCAUGUCCUUCAUCCUGCCGAGCGCACAAUGUGACCUAAAGCUCGAUACCCAGGCGAAAGGAUGGCUCAACUCCAUCAUCUUCAUCGGGAUGAUGGCGGGAGCCUACGCCUGGGGCUCGGUCGCCGACGCACUCGGACGCCGCAAGGUCCUCAUCGCCAUCUCCUUCAUGAACGCACUCUGCAUCGUCGCCUCCAGCUUCAGCCAGUCCUAUGAACUGUUCAUGUUCUUCCGUUUCCUCAACGGUGCCGCUCUUGGCGGCAGUGGACCGGUUAUCUGGUCGUACUUUGCCGAGUUCCAGCCCAAAUCGAAGCGAGGCUCGAUGCUGUCCUUCAUGGCGGCCUUCUGGACCUUGGGCAAUCUCUUCGUGGCCGGACUCGCUUGGCUGAUAAUCCCAACGGACAUCGGCGUCAAGAGCGCGUCCUUCACGUACAACUCGUGGCGUAUCUUCCUGCUGAUCUGCGCUGCUCCCUCCUUCAUCGUGGCGGGGCUGUUAUUGCUGCUCCCCGAAUCCCCCAAGUACCUAAUAACUCGCGGAAGAUAUGACGAGGCCCUCGAUAUCUUCCGCGGCAUCUACGCCACUAACACUGGCAAACCCCGCGAUACCUAUACGGUUAAGGAACUCAUACUCGACGAGUUCCAAGUCAACGAGCCGGUGAAACCCGGCGCUCCGGAAAAGAACAAGUACAAGGUGAUACUCGGCGACAUAAUGGAGAACAGCCGACAGCUGUUCGUCAAGCCGAUUCUCCGCUUCACCGUCAUCUCCAUCAUCAUCAACUUCACUUUCCACAUCGGCUACUAUGGCCUGAUGAUGUGGUUCCCCGAGCUGUUCAACCGCUUCGACGAGUUCCACCGCGAGCAUCCCGGCCAAUCGGCCAGCGUCUGCGAGGUGACCAACUACGUCGUCAACAAGGGCUCGCACAGCGACGAGAACUUCUGCACGGACAAGAUCGGCGCUUCCGUGUUCCAGGAGUCGCUCAUCACCGUCGCCGCGGCCAUACCGGCCAACGUCGUCGCCGUCCUUCUCAUGGAUCGACUCGGUCGCAAAUUCUUCUUGGUUUUCAGUACGCUCUCUUCAGGCGCAUGCUCGAGUGGGCUGUACUUCGUGAGAAACAAGAUGCAAAAUCUGACAGUCUCGGCGGUCUUCAGCGGCGUCAUAAGCUGCGGCAACGCGGCUCUGGACUGCCUCAUCACCGAAGUCUUUCCUACGCAUCUGCGCGCCACUGGCAUCGCCAUCUCUAUGGUAGCCGCUCGUCUUGGCGGUAUCAUCGGCAACAUCGUCAUCGCUCAGCUGCUCGACCUCUACUGUCCGUUGCCAACCUUCAUCGUCGCCGCCCUUCUCAUCGGUGGCGGACUUCUCUGCUUAUUCUUACCGAAUACCACGCGCGAACCACUUUCUUGACAGCGCCGAGAGAAGAAGAUGAUGAUGACGACGAAGCAGGAUGCCGUCGAACGAGUCUCGCGUCCAGCCUCAUUUUCGAUGCAGCUCGCCGCGCUUCUGCUGCAGCCGCAAAGAGGAACGAGUAGACGUUUUUAUAGUUUUUAGAACAAACACACGGACACACAGCGAAUAACUUUUCAUCUUGUAAGCCCAACUUUUAUCGUCCUUCCCUCCCGACAUUUUUUUAAUUUAUAUCUUUUUUUCUAUUUAAGAUGCGAAUCCACAAGCGCGUUCGGCUUAUCCUGGUUCAGAUAUUUCAUUAAACCAAUUACUAUAAAAGUCUUUGAUAUUUCACGAAUUGAGUGCGUAAAAGAAUGAACAUUAUCAGAAUGCAAUGGCAUAUACGUUGUUGACUAUUGGUGCAUCGAUGAAAGAAAACAAAUUGUUGGGUUGUUGCAAUUGUUAUUUCGAUUAUCAUAGUUUGCACAAUAGAUUUUACUUGCUUUCCAGCUAAAGCUAAACUCUGUAAUUUAUUUCAUUGAUUUAACGUGGAAAUCGACAAUUAGUGUAAAUUAAUUUUUUUUUUUUUUUUUUUUUCAAUCGACAACAAUGAACCAAAGAAUCAAGUUAAAAUGGUACAUUUCAUAUUUAACCUUUUAUAAUCCUGAAAAAUAGAGAAUUUUCAAACUUAUGUGAUCGCAACGACACAGAGAACGAGUAGUAGAACUGUACGUGUGAUUGUAAGCGAAAAAUCUGCCGCUACUUUAAAUGUGUACUUUUGAAAAAAAUUCGUGCAGCAAGAAGCUUCUCUUCAUGGAUUGAGUAUAUCGCAGUGAAACGCUCGACCAUUGUACUAAUACUACCUAUGCAUGUGUACUGUUAUUUAUAAACGUAUGCUAGUGUAUUUUUUAUUUUAUUAGCUACUUUCGUUUUAUUUUUUGUUACUACUCUAAUUCACUUUAAAAGCUGUGCGACGAGUAUUUUUACAUGUCACAUUUAAAGUGCACAUGCAGCACAAUGUCUGAUGUAUGGAUUAGCAACAAAACAAAAAAUGAAUUUUAUUACCUAUCUUAGAUGCACAGAAUUUUGUCAAUCGUUGUUUUUUCACAAAAUUUUGUAAAAGUAUUUUUGGUUGAUGAAAAGUUGACAGAUGGACAGCAGACGUAUGCGAGCGUGUAUAUGGGAUCAUUAAUUUUAAAUAUACUGAAACGAAGUAUUACGUUACAUUCGAGUCUCGCGUAGAAACUUCAAUAGUGGUUGCGCACAAUCUCGUUUAAACUAUUUGAUAGAAUGUAAAAUAUUUGUUAUCGUUGAAAUUUUGUAGUUACCUUGUAAGAUGUUAAUGUUUUCAAGUGAAAGAAAGAAGAUACGAUUACAGUAAUAAGGGACAAACUUGCCCACUUAAAAUAGUCAAAUUUAUGUAUAUCUGCACUAAUUUGUACUCAUUCUUAGAAUACUCAAUUGAAAAUAAAACAAUGAAGACUUUCAUAGUCGAAAAAGCACA